AAAGCCACAAAAUGUAUGGAAAGCCAACUUCAGGACCUGGAAAACAUGAAAAUCCAGCUGGCAGUGACACAGGUUGAAAUUGAGGGCUGGGUCGCUGAUAUUAAGGAGUGGGCAGAAGCAACAACAUCCCAGGGUAAUGCAGAUCUUGCAGCGGUGACCAGUAGAAUGGAGGUGCUGGUGGGCAGCAUUAAAAGAAGGUCCCAGUGCCUUUACAAAGACACUGAUUGCAGCAAAGGUUGGGCACGGAUUCGGCGCAAAAUCAGAGAGGAGAAGGCCAUUCUUUGCUCUGUCGUUGAAAAAUACAACAGUAUGGUUCCAGAUACAGAAAGGAUCGUCUUUGAUAUCAUUCUCUCUGACGAGACACAUGGUGACGCUGUAGAUUUGAAAACCAAGAGGAAGGCGUUUGAUGUUGUGAUUGCAAUAAGGAGACUCGAGGAGGAGAAGAAGAUUGUUCUGUCUGAGAUGGGCAAGCAUUGGAAAUCUCUCUCCACUCGUGCAGACACACUCAAACAGAUGUCAUGCCAGCUUUCCAGUGAGGCAUUGAAAAGUGAGCUGUUGGUUCUUAAUGAAGAUGGGAUCAAGGGUUUCCUCAGCUUAACUUUGAGGAAGAAGCAUGAAGUCACCAGAAUGAUGAAGCAUGCAGAGACUGCUAUGCUCAAGUUUUGACUGGAUAGAUAUGGCAGUGAUUCUGAACUCUCAGAUGACUAAGUUUGAGUUUAAAGGGGCUCUCAAAGUGAAAAAUGAGCAUUAACUCACUUUUGUUUUGAUUUCUUAUAUUUGUCAGUGUUUCCUUUUGGGGGGUGUCAGCAGUGGGGGCAGGUCCAAAAAAAUCCUGUUAACUUUAGGGAUGCACCGAUACCACUUUUUAAGGACCGAGUACAAGUACCGAUGCCUGUUGUACUGUUUUUGUUUAGUUUUUAUGUGGCAAUUUUCAAUGAGACUAAUGAACAUACCAGCAUCUUUAUUUUUAAUAACUUCCACUCAUAUUAUGAAAAAAAAAAAUUAUUCUUACUUGAUUAUCAUCACAAAUUUUCAAAUGUUUAUAACACUGAGUAACAAUGUAAUCACAGGUAUCGGUCUUUGGUAUUGGGGUAUUUUUACAAGUACAAGAGCUUGGUAUCGGUGCAUACCUAGUUAACUUAAUUUAAAUUAGCAAGACCAGGCUUAAAUGAACUGAUAAGUUAAUAGACUAAGGGGCGGUUUCCCAGACAGGGAUUAGCUCAAUCCAGGAUUAAACCUUAGUUUAAUAAGAAAUAUAACUAGUUUUAACAAACAUGCCUUACUAAAAACAUUACCUGUGUGCAUUUUAAGGCAAAACAAAGGGCACUGAUGUAUUUUAAGAUAUGUAAGUGCCAGUUGUUUUCAAUUUGGACAGCUCUUAAAAAUGUUUUAGUCUAGAACUAGUCUAAUCCCUGUCCGGGAAACCGACCGUUACAGUUCUCAAGAACGUACACACACACAAUCUCAACUGGCUUAUCAUCCAGACAGCGUCUUUUUUUCCUUUAUCCCUUUUACUGCUGUGUGACAGUAAAUUAUUGUAAAAUGAGUGUAAAAAGUGGCCUGCUCGCGAUGUAAAGCGUGUGUCAGCGCUACUCUGAAAACAAAAAAUGAAAACAUUGUCGAAGGACUAUUGCAAACACAUCAUUGGGAAGGUCUCAACCUGAAGAGUAAAAUAUUUCAGUCUGAAGAGGAUACCUUACUCCUGCUUUGAAAUAUCGACCUCUGAACCUUGAACCCAGUUCAUCUUUGAAGGCUUGUCAUUUAGCAACAGAAGA